GGGGGUGGGAAUCUGGUUGACAGUCGCUGCCCUCGUCAACGAUCGAGGCCCCCCGUCACGCCCCCGGCGCCACGUCGGCCCCGAGGAGUCGUAGCAGAGGUGGCCUCGGACACGCAAGCUCUCCGACGUCCCAAUGCUCCUGCGCGCCGCCAGGACGUGGCGCCGUUGUCGCGGGCUCCCGCGCCGCCGCGCAGCAUCCCGCGAUGGCUUCUCGAGGGCCGCGAGAGGAUUGAGGACCCGCGCUGAGGAGGCGCCCUCGGCUGCUGGCAUCGCGCCGCCCGACGCGACCCCACGGUCAGCGAUGCCCGGCCGCGGGCGCCUGACACACUUGCUGCGUCGGUGGGGCGUCGACCAGCUGACCCGCGGCGAGCAGGUUGAGCUCGCGCGCUUCGCCGCGCAUCGCUGGGGCCAGAGGCAUUUGCCUGGCGCCCCGGGGGCGCCCGAGGCUCUCCGGGAGCUUAGUUCUGCCGCGCGCAUGCUAUUCCGCCAGCGUCGAGGCGACGGCGGGAGUUCGACCCUGAGGAUGGGCGGGAAAUUCCAGGCCGCGGACGCGGAAGAUCGCGGGCGGCGCGGCGGGGGCGAUUUGCUCGCGGAUGCGCUGAGAGACACGGCUCUGAAGCCCAUGCAAGUGGGCCAGGGCAACCCCGCCAGCGCAUCCACGGGCGACGCUCGGGUUCUGGUUCGAGUGCUUCUCAGCGGAAGCCUCGGCACCCCCGGCGCGGCGAUGGCCGCGAUGGAGGCGGACGACCUGGUCUACGUGCGGUGCGGCGGCCUGGAAACCUUCAACAGGUUCCGUGGCAAGGCGCAGGACGUCCGGUACAGCAAGUCCUACGACAAUGGUUUCCUCGAGGAGAACGCCAUCGAGCUGCUCGGGCUGGAUCUCGGCGAGACGUGGCUCAAGACGAGGCUGUUCAAGAUGGCCCAAGUGCAGGAGAUCGUGCCCCAGUCCUGGGAGAAGCCGGCGCCGAGGCCCGAGAAGUUGACUUGUUACGAGCUGCUCGCCUUGUACUCCGUCUUCCGGUAUGGCGAGCGAGCGGAGUUAUUGGAGCUCCUCUACUGCAUCAGCGAUGCCGACGGAGACGACAGGGUCCCAGGAGGACUUCGGGUGCAUGACAUGAACAGGGAUCGCGAUGAUCGCCUCUUUUGAAGUUGUCGAUGGCAACGUGCUUGCGAUUUCGUGGGAAGGGGGCGGCGUGCGGAGCAGGCAGACAGGCGAGCGAAGUCAAGGGAGUGCAAGGCAGAGGCGCUGCUUCGCGAGCAAAUUGGAGAACCCCGCGGCGCACUCGCACACCCAGGCGGUCAUGUUGUAGCCGCGUUGCCCAAUGCUUCCGACAAAUGGCGGUCGUUUUCUCAUUCGUUGUUUUGCCGAUCGGCGCGGGUCUUCGCCCCCCCAUGGGCCCAUGGGUUUUCUGUUGGCUGUGUUGGGCGCCCGUCUCGAGCAGGUGGAAUUUCCC